AUGUUCUUUGUGAAGGGGGCUAAAACAACAAGAGUCACCCAGGAAAAAAGGAUAAUUCAUAAGAGUCUUUGGGGAAAUGAGCUGAAGGACAAGAGAAGAACAGAAACUGCUCUGAAGGCUGGGGAGGACAGGGCUAUACUGCUGGGGCUGGGGAUGGUGCUCAGCUCUGUUAUGAUGUACUUUGUCAUCUGCAUCACCAUGGUGCGUGCUUACGCAGACAGCGUAUUGACAGAUGAGACCACCUGCACUUUUCUAAACUCCACACUCACAAAGGAUAUCAAUUGUUCAUACAGCUGCGGCUCAGACUGCUGGAAAAUCUCUAAGUACCCCUGUCUGCAGGUCUAUGUCAGCCUGAAUGCAACUGGACGCAUUGGACUACUAUCUCACAAUGAGGAGAUGCUGGAUGUCAGCACUGAGUGUUUUUAUGUGCCAAAAUGCCAGAAGGACCACACAGCCCUGCGUGUUCUGAUCCAGAAUAUUUCUGAACAUCUAAAGAUGCACCAGCAGGUCACGUGUUACCAUGACUCCAGUGAGCAUCAGGGCAGCAUCCUUCUGAACCGCUUGUAUGGAAGCACUUCAGUAUUCCACUCUCUCUUCUGGCCCUCCAGCAUGCUGUCUGGAGGAACCCUAAUCAUCCUUAUGGUCAAGCUCACUCGAUACCUCUCCAUACUGUGUGAACAAAUUGGCAAAGUCCCAAAGUGA